AAUCUUCUUUCAAGAUUCCAAGUACGGUUCUAAUAAAUAGUGAACGUUACAUUACAUAAAACUCAGAAAUGAGUAUUUCCCUCUGAAACUUGCCCCGAUCUGCUUUGGAUGGUCCGAUCACAUGGCGUCUUCUCAACAAACACACAUUCCUUUGCCUCCUGACCCUGGUGACAAAAUCGAAGGGGACGAGGCAAAUUUUUCUUCAGUUCCAAUCCAUGUUGUCACUAAUCCAUCUCAACUACCUGUUGAAUUCUUGGAGCCUUCUCCUGAGUCGCAACUGGUUAUUGGUUUUGAUUGUGAGGGUGUUGAUCUUUGUCGCCAUGGGACUCUUUGUAUCAUGCAGCUUGCCUUUCCUGAUGCAAUAUAUUUGGUUGACGCUAUUCAAGGUGGACAGACUGUGAUUGAAGCCUGUAAGCCUGCACUUGAGUCUAGUUACAUCACAAAAGUUAUUCAUGAUUGCAAACGAGAUAGUGAGGCAUUAUAUUUUCAGUUUGGCAUAAAGUUGCACAAUGUUGUGGAUACACAGAUUGCAUAUUCUUUGAUCAGUGAACAAGAAGGGCGUGCACGGGUCCCAGAUGACUACAUAUCAUUUGUCGGUCUACUUGCUGACCCACGUUAUUGUGGAAUAUCUUAUGAUGAGAAAGAAGAAGUCAGAGUUCUUCUAAGACAGGACCCUAAAUAUUGGACAUAUAGACCAUUGUCUGAACAGAUGAUCCGUGCCGCGGCAGAUGAUGUUCGAUUUCUUCUUUUUAUAUAUCAUAAGAUGGUGCAAAAGUUGAAUGACAAGUCCUUAUGGCGCCUAGCUGUGCGUGGUGCCCUCUAUUGUCGCUGUUUCUGCAUCAAUGACAAUGAUUUUGCAGACUGGCCACCUCUACCUCCAAUUCCAGAAAAUAUUGCUGCUGAUGGAAGUAUGCCUGAGGAAGAAGUCUUGUCUGUUAUUGAUGUUCCCUCGGGGAAAAUGGGACGUGUUAUUGGCAGAAGGGGAGCUUCUAUAUUGUCGAUAAAGGAGUCAUGCAAUGCUGAAAUAUUCAUAGGAGGUGCUAAAGGACCUGCUGAUAAGGUUUUCAUCAUUGGACCAGUGAAGCAGGCUAGAAAAGCCGAAGCCAUUCUUAGGGGGAAACUAGAUUUCUAAUCAGGAAGUUCAUGCAGGACUUACAUAGUAUCUUUAGACUCUGAAAAGAUGGAAAAGAACAUAAAACUUGCCCUUGUACUGUUGUACCAUAAAUAAGCGGUUUGGCGGCCACA